CAGAGAUAGGGACAGACUGAGAGAGAGAGAGAGAGAGAGAGAGAGAGAGAGAGAGAGAGAGAGAGAGAGAGAGAGAGAGAGAGAGACACACACAGAAUUAGUUCAUGCUAGCAUGCCUGCUUACUCCACCAACAUGAGGCUGAAGUUUCCCAUCCUGGCUCUGACUCUGGAGAUUAUCACCAUCAUCCUGUUUGCUGUGUUUGUGGUCUACGAUGAUGGGAAACACGGGGGGCACGGAGCCCACAACAAUGCCACACACCAUGAGGAGACGACGGAACAGAAUCCUCUGACCCUCUACCCCAUGUUCCAGGAUGUCCACGUGAUGAUCUUCAUUGGCUUCGGCUUCCUGAUGACCUUCCUGAAGAGAUAUGGCUUCAGCAGCGUGGGCCUCAACCUGCUCCUGGCCGCCUUCGCUCUGCAGUGGGGUCUCCUCGUGCAAGGCCUCUGGCACCUGGACGAAGGAAAGAUCAAAGUCUCCAUCUUCAAGAUGAUCAAUGCAGACUUCAGCACAGCCACGGUUCUGAUCUCGUUCGGGGCGGUCCUCGGAAAAACCAGCCCAGUCCAGCUCCUCAUCAUGACCCUCCUUGAGAUCACCAUCUUCGGCAUCAAUGAACAUCUGGUGGCCGAAGUCCUGAAGGCCAAUGAUGUUGGGGCCUCUAUGAUUAUCCAUGCCUUCGGUGCAUACUUCGGUCUAGCAGUGGCCCGCAUGCUGUACAGGCCAGCUCUGGGGAACGGUCAUGAGAACGACGGCUCUGUCUACCACUCUGACCUCUUCGCCAUGAUCGGUACCGUGUUCCUCUGGAUGUUCUGGCCCAGUUUCAACUCUGCCAUUGCAGAACCUGGUGCUGAUCAACUCAUGGCUGUCACCAACACCUACUUCUCGCUGGCUGCCUGUGUGCUCUCCGCCUAUGCCGUCUCCAGCCUGGUGGAGCACAAAGGGAAACUGGACAUGGUCCACAUCCAGAAUGCCACUCUGGCCGGAGGUGUUGCCGUGGGAACCUGCGCUGACAUGAAUAUCGGGCCUUUCGGUGCCAUGAUCAUCGGAUUCGUGGCUGGCAUCGUCUCCACCCUGGGCUUCAAGUUCCUCACUCCCAUCCUGGCAUCCAACCUGGGCAUCCAGGACACCUGUGGCGUUCACAAUCUGCACGGCAUGCCUGGCAUCCUUGGGGGUAUCGCUGGCAUUGUGGCUGUCGCUCUGGGCAAGAAGGAUGGGAGCGCUAUCAUGCAGGCUGCAGCCCUAGCCUCAUCCCUUGGGUUCGCUUUGGUUGGAGGAGCCAUGACAGGUCUGAUAAUGAAACUUCCAUUCUGGGGACAGCCUCCAGAUCAGAACUGCUUUGAUGAUUCAAUCUAUUGGGAGGUUCCUGAAGAGGAAGAGGGCGAGGAGAGCCUGGCUCACGGAGACCAUUCCAUGAACAAAGCAGAGGCCUAAAUCUCCUGCCCUGUGCUGCAAAUACAUUAUCCACAACCCUUGGAGCUAUCAUGAACCAGACAUUAGACCUUGGGUGUAUGUUAAUAUUCUUAGCUGGCUUCCUCUCCUCGUCUCCUCUCCUUCAUUUAAGUGGUGGAUCCUUACCAGGACUUCCUGCGUAACCUGUCUAAUGUCUUGACCAUCAGUGCAGGCGGAGAGAAGGAGAGGAAGCCAAGUUAUGCUAUUGAGAUCAACCCAGAAUGACCAGUGCUAUCAACUUGUCAGUUGUUUUUACCCAGAGCAUAAAUGUAUUGAUUUGAGAUCAUAUCAAAUCAUAUUUGAAGUGGUUCAAGCUACCUUAUUUACACAUCACUAAUUCAAUCCGAACAGCAAGGAAGCUCAUGUUGCACUUUUCUGUGUAUCAAACUACGUCCUCAUUGUCCAUAGAUUUGUAUUAAAUAUUUUAAUCUUUAAUUGAAUAGAAUAGGUCCACUGAAGAGCAUUUGGGGAAGAUGUUCUAGCUCAUUAUAAUUCCAACUAAAGUGUAAGAGAUGGGUGUGUUACAUACAAAACAUGUUUUAUCAGGUCUCAAUGUAAUUUAAAUAACAUUGUAAGUAUUUUUGUUUACAGAAAAUCAUAUCAAACCUUACAUGCUUGCCGAGUUUUGGAUGUGUUAGUCUGAAAAUUGAUUUCAGCGAAGCAGCAUUUUGAUAUAAAUGCCCCUUAAUAAGUUGCAUAUAAGCAUGAACUUUUCUUUCACACAUUCGGAGGAAAGAUACUUUCAGGGAUUUAUUUUUUUAACUGAAUUUGAUGACCAAUAAUGUGCCACUGUUCUGAGCCACUGGAAACAGUAGAAACAGUAUAGAAAUAGUAGAAACAGUAUAGAAAUAGUAGAAACAGUAUAGAAACAGUAGAAACAGUAUAGAAAUAGUAGAAACAGUAUAGAAACAGUAGAAACAGUAUAGAAACAGUAGAAACAGUAUAGAAAUAGUAGAAACAGUAGAAACAGUAUAGAAACAGUAGAAACAGUAGAAACAGUAUAGAAACAGUAGAAACAGUAUAGAAACAGUAGAAACAGUAUAGAAAUAGUAGAAACAGUAUAGAAACAGUAUAGAAACAGUAGAAACAGUAUAGAAACAGUAGAAACAGUAUAGAAACAGUAGAAACAGUAUAGAAACAGUAGAAACAGUAUAGAAAUAGUAGAAACAGUAUAGAAAUAGUAGAAACAGUAUAGAAAUAGUAGAAACAGUAUAUCAAGCUGACAUUCAAUUAUAUCACCAAUCCUCCUCAAAAUGUUAACAGACAUUUGUUUUUCCUCAUAUACAUUGUAUAUUUUUCGCCAUCCAACUGACAUAACCGAUAUUGUGUGCUAAGCCUUGUUUCAUGAAGAGAAUCAACUGCUACUUUGGCCUGCUGCAGAGCAAGUCCGUCUCACUGGAGUCCACUACUCCUACUGGAGAGAAUCUGAUCCCAGACCUGUGAAGUAUAGGCAGUAGCUACCCGCUAGGCACAGAUAUCAUUUCAACAUCUAGUUUUGAUUGACAUAUUUUUGAGUGGUCAACUAACGUGAAUUUAACGUGAAAUCAACAACAACAACAAAAAUACAUCAAUCAAUUUAGGUUAACAUUGAAAUCCCUUCACCUUUAUGACUUUUAGCUAAUCCAAUCAGUUUUCCACGUUGAUUCAACGUCAUCACAUUACAUUUUUUAGUUGAAAUUAUGUGGAAACAACGUUGAUUCAACCAUUUUUGGCCCAGUGGGUAAGGGAUAGUAUUCAUCAAGCGUCUGAUAUUGGGGUGCUGAUCUAGGAUCAGUUUUGCCUUUCUAGAUCAGCACUUCUAAUCUGAGACGCUUGAUAAAUAUGGGCCCAUGGCUCACAGGGAUUGGCGCAGGGCAAGGAUUGGUCCUGCAUUAAACUACUCUCUGUGUGCUCCCAACACUCUGUGGUUUUCCUUCUUCAGCCCCAGUCACCUCAAAGCUAAAGUAGAGUGUCAUCCAUUUUAAUUUCUCCCUCUAAGUUUUUUCAAAUACAGAAAGGCUGCAUUGAAAUCUGACACGUCCAAUUAAAAACCGGAUAGGCUACAUGUCACAAUUAUAAUAUGGAUACAGAAUAAAUGGGGCGUGACAAAGAUAGUCACUGGAUAAGCUUUCUUUAUUUCUUUCACUUCUUAUUGUAACCUCUUAAUGUACAGUGUAGUUAGUUACACAAUGGAUAUAGUUAGUUUCUCUAAAUCCCUGCACCUAGGACUUGCAAUUGGUACAGUGUGUAUCAGAGAAAAAAGUAUGUCUUUAUAUAUUUCAAACAUUGUGUUGAAUAAAGCGAAGGUUAUACUUUAGAAUGCAGGAGGAAAAUAGCCUGCAAUAGUUCCUGUACUAGACCAUUGUUGCAAGGAAAGAUUAAACUGACUACAGAUAGAUAAAUAGCCUAGUAUUUCAUUAGGGCUGAUGUAGUAGCCAACGUGUGAUAUAAACGUAGGCCUGAAGCUUAGUACACCAGCAGUCAAAACUUUGUUGAAAUGAUUGACAUGGCAUUAGCUUUUUAGGUUACAGAAAAUGAAUAUGUAUGACACUGUUGUUAAUGUAUAAAUACUAAUACUGGCACUUAUAAAUAUGAUUAUAUAUAAUAUCA